AUGUAUAACGGAGAUCAGCAGAGUGCAUCCAAAACUCACCCUGUUGUUAGUCUGUCAUGCUCCUGGUGCGGUGCCAUAGUUGGAGAGGAAGACACUUCUUUUCCAGGCUUGAGACUAUACAAGACGAACGUUUCCGUUUUACAGAAACCCAAGGAUGAAAUCAGUUCCGACGAUGAUCAGUGGGAGUCUUACCCGGUGGACAUGAUCGUUGGAACGCAGCUGCUAGAGCUAGUUGAGAGAAUUGGUGCUAGGAGAUUUGCUGUCCACAGCAUAGAUUAUAAAUUACCAGAGAGCCAGACCUCCAAGAGCGGAUUGUUGCUUUGGUUGUUCAAUCCGGACUUGCGAUACUCCAGCUUGUCAUCCAGUUCUGGUGCUGAUGGCGAUGUACCUACUACUACAGCGCAACGGGCCGUGAAGGUGUUCUACAAGGAAAUCGCAGACAUUCAAUCAAUGCUCGAUCCAGCUCAGGGCACCCCGUCACCGACUGCAGUGGAAGAAGUUAUCCUUCCAGCCAAUGUUUAUGACGUCAUGAAACAGGCGCUGGAGAGAAGCAGUGAAACUUUACCCAUGUCUGCUCGUCAAUUUGGUGAAUGGAGUGUGGGCUUGGUUUCUCGAUUUGAGGAAGCAGGUUUAACGGCCCGAACCUAG